GCCAGGCCUAGGAGCAUUUAACCACUUACUCCAACCAGGCGGGUAUGGCAUCCCAAUGUUCCCUCGAGAGGAAUUGGGAGGAUACACGUAUGGUGGGCAGAUGGGAGGGAACGCUCAAGGAGGAGGGGCAAUGCAUGCAAUGGUUGGAGCAAGAGGUGCAGCCGCAUCGCAAUAUGGUCUAGGAGGACAAGGAGACGGUUCACAGGACAGCAGAGGAGGGAAUCAGGGCACAAGCCGAAGCUCGGUCAGGGAAGCUACGAGCGAAAACAGAGGCACAGGAGGCAUGCCAGGAAAGCACAGGCGGUUACGCCACGAAGACAGUGCCACUUCGGAUCUGCAUGGCAUCAGAAGAGAGAAGUCGAGCUCAACGGAGUCCGAGGGUUCACAGGGGCGGAUCAGGGAAAUCAUCACACGAGGGAUGAAAACAACAAGAAGACGGAUCCCGGUGGCGGUGGCGAGAGGCCAACAAGACGGAAUAGAGCCGAAGAUUCUCCCAUUAUUCUGCACGCUAAUCAGGAACGAGACCUUCUUCAUCACUUGGACAGCACAGGAUGGCAGCAUGCAUCUCCUUUCGCUUCAAUCUCCAGAGUCCCCGAUGCCAACGGCGAUGGCGAAUAUGGUGAGCAAAGGCGGUGGCAGACACAUCGGUGUUUCGACUGAUAGCUGACCUAUUGAUGCCAAGGAUACUAGCAGACAACCCGGAGAAUGGCAAGAAGAUUAAGUUAUUCGUGCCACUUCUGAAUGUUCGGUUUGUGGAGGGACAAAUAGAGACGAUGGAAAGGGAGGGGAUGAGGCUCUGCCCGGUGACAUGGAUCAUAGAAAGGAGGAAACAGAAGCUGAGUAAGAUAAAGAUUCCCCCACUGA